AUGGUUAGUGGUCGAAAGAGACCAUCACGUUUUGAUUAUCCAUUGGAUGCAAGGCCCGGAGCUGGACCAUCUCAUCGACCAAUUCUUGCUCAAGACUCAGACAUUGAGGAGGGUGCAUUCUACAAGACCACCCCACCAGCAUACAUUUGUUACGUGGACUUCACCUCCAACGCGGACCCCAACCUCUCCGAUUUGGUCCUUGUAGCAGAUGGCCGGAGAUUCUACGUUGACAAAAGAAACCUCGCCCGUCACUCCACAAUGCUCAACGCGAUGUUUUUUGGAAGAUUUGAGGAGUCUCGCCGAGACGAGAUCAAAGUGGGCGACGUUGCGGAGAAAUCCCUUCAAAGAUUCCUUGAUCUCACAGUUGGUGUCCAUAAAGUGCUCACUGAUGAGAAUGUCGAAAAGGUGCUGGUCCUCGCCGACUAUUGGGAUGCUCAAAUCGUGAAGAAAAUCUGUGAGGAAUCAAAAACGAUGGGGAUUCCGAAGAAAUUAGAAGCUCCACGAACUCUUCAAACCUCGAGUGCACCAAGACAUCCUCAUCACCCAAAGAAUCGACAAUACGACAAAAAUGGAAUUUCGGAUUUGAAGGGUCACAACAGUUACAAUGAGAGAGCUGUAAUUGAAUGUUCCAACGCGUGUGAAUGCUCUUGGAGAUGUCAACUCCAACGAGGCCAGCCGAUGAGUCUCUUGGUGUUUCUGUUUGGAUGCGAUACGAGGAUUUGGAAUGAAGACAGCGGAAACAGUAGAAAGAAGAACAUAUUUGUGAAUACAUUGGAGAGAUGA